GCUUCAGUCAGGCAGAAUGAUGCUUGUGAUUUAUCAGUAGUGUUAACUUUACAUGCUGUGCAGUGAUUUACACCACAGAGUGUUUCAGAAAUAACCCUCUAUACCCUCAUUCACUAUUCCUUACAUUAGUCAAUUUGAAAGUGUGAAUGAAAAUAAAGUAAGUGACUUCAGACAAUGAGUGUACUGGAAGAGCUGUGGCUGCUGUCUUGUGUUCAGAUGUGGGAAUCAGAUCUCUGCAAGGCAGAGAGUUUUCCUCUUAUUCAUGUUGUCGGGAUGUUAUUGUAUGUUUUCAUUAGGGCUGAACGAUACAUCGAAUUUUCAUCGUCAUCGCGAUAUGAAGUCACGCGAUGAACACAUCGCAACAGACAGCCUUGACGCGAUGAAUGAAGGGAAAACGGUAAGCGCAUGUAAUAACGUUUGACCUAUCACGUUUAGUCCUGAAGACAUGGUUUGCGUGUUCAUGCUAUUAGGCCAAUCAGGGGAACCCCCAAGUCAGCUACGCUCAGAUUGAUUUGUGAGGUGUCAGUUGCGACGCUGUGCCUGUUAGCAAAAACGAUGGCAGAGGAAGGAGAGAAGAGUGAGGAAAAUGUGUUGUCAGACGAAGACCAUGUGGUGAAAAGGAACAGGACUUCAGCUAUAUCAUGGAAUUAUUUUGGAUUUAGGAGAGAUGACGCCGCAAACAAAGGUACUGUGGAAGCGGUUAUUCACAUAUUGCGUCUAUUGCGCGCUCAAGUUAAUUAUUUCAAAUGUAGGCGCGCAGUUGUCACACAUUGUCCUGUAUUGACUGCACCUGUCCUCAUUCGUCAUGAUUAGUUUGCUCACACCUGUCUUUGAUUAACUCCAUCAUCACUCUGUGUAUUUAUACUCCCUGUUUAGUUCAUCCCUUUGUCGGUUAUUGUAUGUGUUACCUCCAUGUGUAUGCUGUCUUUGUGUUUAAAACUAAGUAACGCUUUAAAUGUUAUAUGUAUUUACGACUCAUCAUCUUCAUUACCUUAGUUUCGUGACAGAAUAACCGACCCUAAACAAACAAAAUGGACUCACCCGUACUGCACGCUCUUCUUCGUCCGGAGAACCGAGGACUCAUGGCCUACAUGGAGAUGACACUCCAGUGGCGGGGGCCUUCUUUCUUUGCUCCAGAGCCCGAGGCGGUUCCUGUACCCGAGCCGGAGCUAGAGCGUGCGGAGCAGUCCACCACUCAGCCAGGAGCUGACGUCGACCUUAUAGACCUGUGGACUCCGGAUCAGCCACCGGCGGUCGACAUCCUUCCUCCGACACGGACUUCCGGUUUCUCAGCUAUGCCUCUCACCUGCACCCCUACGUCUACGUCGGACUCCUCCCUUCUUCUGGCUUCCCCGUCACCCUCUCUCACCACAUCGUCGCCCCGUUCAGCCAAGUCCCCACCAGCACUUCGGCUCUGGGAGUCAGCGUCUGGCCUCCGUAUCUCCUGCACCAUGUUGUUGUCCCGCCCCUUCAUCCUCUCGUCAUCGGUUGCCCAUUUCCCCAUGUUUCCGCAUCAGGUGUUCAGAUCCUGGGAUUCCCCCUGCACGUCAUCCGUUCCACCCUGGCUCCUCCCACCUUCAGCUCCACCAUGGUCCAUGUCACCGACUACUCCACGCCCUUCACCUAAGCCUCCGCCCCUUGUCACCACUCUCCACUCCAGUCAUCUUGGCGCGAUGACGCGCCUUUUUCGAGGGGGGCGUACUGUCACACAUUGUCCUGUAUUGACUGCACCUGUCCUCAUUCGUCAUGAUUAGUUUGCUCACACCUGUCUUUGAUUAACUCUAUCAUCACUAUGUGUAUUUAUACUCCCUGUUUAGUUCAUCCCUUUGUCGGUUAUUGUAUGUGUUACCUCCAUGUGUAUGCUGACUUCGUGUUUAAAACUAAGUAAAGCUUUAAAUGUUAUAUGUAUUUACGACUCAUCGUCUUCAUUACCUUAGUUUCGUGACAGCAGUAUGUGCGCAGUAUGUGUGAAUUGUGGACACAAUCUAAUGACAAGUGAUAGGAUAAAAGUGUGUGUUUGCUAAUUGCUUAAUAAUCUAGAUCAGAGGUCUUCAAUGUUUUUCGGGGCAGGAGCCCCUUAGAUAUGAGAGGCAUGGAGCAGGGACCCCCUGAUAGUAAAUGUGUAAAAGAGAGAUGUUUAUGUAAUCUGUAAGGUACAAGAAGCUGCUUUAUCAUAUUAUGCACAACGCAAAGCAGAGUAAAGCACAACUAUUGACCAAUCAGAAUCAAGGACUGGACCUCACUGUUUUAUAAAUACAAACAAACAUAUUGUCACAAAGCCAUACUAUGUUCACACAGUACAUUAGCACUAUUAUACGUGCUGUUGUUUGCACAUGCAUCAUUUUCUCUGUAUUUUUUGUUAAUGUAGAUUUAGUUUAUUUGAGUAUUUGCAGUGUAAUACAUUUUCAUCUUACUGUGAUACUGUUGACAAUUACACAUUUACUGAAGCUGAGGUUUCAGUUUAUUAAGAUGACUAACCUUGAACGGCACAAAGACUGCAGAAGACGUCAGUGCAGACGUACAGUAAUUUGAUCCAGUAUCUGGUCAUCAGGUGAUUUUAUUAAGUUGAGUGCUUUGCAAACACGUCUCUUUGUGUGUUUCUGCAGGUGAUGAACACGUGGAUCAUUAUUGUUAUGAGUUUGAAUUACAUGAGUUUGUGUUCUGCAGGAAAACACCAUGCAAUGAGUCUGCAGCAUCUUUAGUGAAACAUGUUUGACAACAUCGCUUUUAGCCCAGAUUUCAAUCUGACCAUGAAUCUUGCGUCAGUACCCCAGCGUGCGUUUCAUUGGUUUUAAAUGCGAGCGAUAGUUUUGUCACAGUUUAUAAUGCAACUGUGUGCUGUCGUUUGCCUGUAAAAUAAGCACUUUGGCAAUGGGCUAACAAAUCUGAACAGCUUUAAACAGCCGUCCAAGUUCAGAAAUAUAGAUGUGAACACAGAGAGUUAUACUGAUUCUAAAAUUACAUAAUAAUACAAUUACAAAAUAAUUUCAAACUUAUGAACAGCUAGUGUGACCCUAACAGUGAAACAUUGAAUUAAAAUGCAAUCUCAUGGCCGGCGGGUUGCGACUGUGGUGCUCUUAAGCAAGGCAUCUUAAGCCCAGUUGCUCUUUGGUUGCUGCAGUGACAGUGUGUGUGUGUGUGUGUGUGUGUGUGUGUGUGUGUGUGUGUGUGUGUGUGUGUGUGUGUGUGUGUGUGUGUGUGUGUGUGUGUGUGUGUGUGUGUGUGUGUGUGUGUGUGUGUACUUGGUAAUUAUCAAAUUACCAAUUGUCCCCACAAAGAUACGAAUACCAGUACAUUUUUUACCUUGUGGGGACAUUUUGAGGUCCCCAUGAGGAAACAAGCUUAUAAAUUAAACAAAAUGAUGUUUCUUGAAAAUGUAAAGUAUCAGAAAGUUUUCUGUGAUGUUGGGGUUUGGGUUAGGGAAAGAAUAUACAGUUUGUACAGUAUAAAAACCAUUACGUCUAUGAAAUGUCCCCACAAAACAUGGAAACGUGUGUGUGUGUGUUGUUUACUACUCACUGGGAUGGAUUAAAUGCAGAAGAUAAAUUAAGUAUGGGCUACCGUACUUGACUUUCACCUCAACUGUCUGACUUUACUACCCCACAAGAACAUCAUUUCUGAUUGGAUAUUUCCCCAAAUCACAAUUUUUUUUGUCUUGUUUUCCUUAGUUUUCAUCAUCAUAAAUUAGUUUGAAUUUAGUAAUGGUCCAGAUUUUGUCCUUGAAAAAUGGCAUUACGAAUACAUUUUGUACAAUCAAAACAUUGACAUGGGUCGUAGUAGGUGCUCUUUGGAAAGCACUUCACAUGUUUUACAGCGAAAUGUGAUGGACAUGGCUUUCCUAAUUGAAGUUACACCACACUUUUAAAUUAACUUCAUUUAUUAAUGAUUAAUACCUUUUUUGAGAUAAAGAGGAACAAAAUGUCUUUUAAAGUUGAGUUCCUCUGCUCUUCUGCACAGUG